UUUUUUGCUUGUUUUUUUUUUUUUUUUUUAAAUUCCCACUCGAGAUGUUGAAUGCGCUCGUUCCACGGCGCGUCCUCGCAUCAGACUGAUCCACAUUUGCGCGCAGGCUGAGGUGUGACUGUGUCGGUGUGCGCUCAACUCCGGGGCCGGUGAAGGCGCAGAGUGUGCACAGGUACGGAGCGGACCGGCGCACGCACGCACGCACGCACUCACUCAGGCACGCUCCACCACGCGCAGCAGCGGGAUUCUAUUGUUUCUAACAUUAAACUGGAAUCCAGAGUUGAACGAUCUGUUGGAAUUGGUUUAUUCAAUGACUUGGGGAGCUUGGAUCUGAAGUUAGAAUCCGACAUCUGUAACAACAAGAGAGUUUUAACAUCCACAUUCGUGUUCUUCUGGAGCUUUGACCAUGCAGCUGGACGGUCUGUGGACGGUCCACAUCCUUCUGGCGGCGCUGCUGUCCGGCUUCGCCCUCGGGAACCCGGUGAGCAACGACCCGCUGGCCGCCCCCCGGGUCUUCAUCUCCUUCAAAGAGCUGAGGUCCACCGGUACUGCUCAUCACUUCGCCUACCUCCUCAACACGUCCGACUACCGUAUCCUGCGCAUGGACGAGGACCACGACCGCAUGUACGUCGGCAGCAAGGACCAUAUCCUGUCCCUGGACCUCCACGACAUCAACAAGGAUCCACAUAUUAUCCACUGGCCGGUGUCCGAACGGAGACGGAUGGAGUGCCUCGUGAGUGGGAAGGACGCCAACGAUGAAUGUGCCAACUUCAUCCGUCUGAUCGAACCGUGGAACCGGACUCAGCUCUACGUCUGCGGAACCGGAGCCUACAACCCGGUCUGCACCUUCGUCAACCGUGGACGCAAACCUCAGACGUCCAUGUAUCUUCAGAUGGCCCAGGCCAGAGGACGCGCUAGCCGUGCAGCCGAACCCAGCGCGGUGCACGACACUCUCGGAUUAAAGGAGGAGAUCUUCCAUUUGGAGCCGGGCAAAGUGGAAUCUGGGAAGGGAAAGUGCUCGUACGACCCCAAGCUCAACAGUGUGUCAGCUCUGAUCAAUGGUGAACUCUACGCCGGAGUCUAUGUUGAUUUUAUGGGAACAGACUCGGCCAUUUUCCGGACCCUGGGGACGAAGACCGCCAUGAGGACGGACCAGUAUAACUCCAGAUGGUUGAAUGAUCCCACUUUCGUCCAUGUUCACCUCAUCCCCGACAGCGCCGAGAGAAAUGACGACAAGCUGUAUUUCUUCUUCCGGGAGAAGUCGUCUGAGAUGGGCCAGAGUCCGGUGACCCAGUCCCGUAUUGGACGCAUCUGCCUGAAUGACGAUGGUGGACACUGCUGCCUGGUCAACAAGUGGAGCACCUUCCUGAAGGCCCGGCUCAUCUGUUCGGUUCCGGGUGCCGAUGGGAUGGAGACGCAUUUCGACGAGCUCCGAGAUGUUUACAUCCAGCCGACACAGGACACAAAAAACCCCGUCAUAUAUGGAGUCUUCUCUGUUUCUGGGUCGGUGUUUAAGGGCUCGGCGGUUUGUGUCUACUCCAUGGCCGACAUCCGGAUGGUUUUCAACGGACCCUUCGCCCACAAGGAGGGUCCCAACUACCAGUGGGUGGCCUACACCGGGAAGAUCCCCUACCCUAGACCGGGCACGUGCCCUGGAGGUACGUUCACCCCCAACAUGAAGUCCACCAAGGACUAUCCAGACGAAGUGAUUAACUUCAUGAGGAAUCACCCUGCCAUGUACAACGCCGUGUACCCGGUACACAAGCGCCCCCUGGUGGUUCGGACCAACGUGGACUAUGAGUUCACCACCAUCACCGUGGACCAGGUGACGGCUGCAGACGGAAACUACGAGGUGCUCUUCUUAGGAACCGACAAAGGGACGGUGCAGAAGGUCAUCGUUCUGCCCAGAGACGACCUGCAGACGGAGGAACUGGUCCUGGAGGAGGUGGAGGUCUUCAAGGCCCCGACUCCGAUUACAACGAUGAAGAUCUCGUCCAAAAGGCAACAGCUGUACGUGUCGUCGGCGGUGGGUCUGACCCAGCUCGCCCUCCACCGCUGUGACGUGUACGGUGAGGCGUGCGCCGACUGCUGCCUGGCCCGAGACCCGUACUGCGCCUGGGACGGGAAGUCCUGCUCCCGAUACUCGGCGUCGCAGAAGAGGUCUGACCCAUUUAGACGAAGCCGGAGGCAGGACGUCAAGUACGGGAACCCCAUCCGCCAAUGCAGAGGCUUCAACUCCAACGCCAAUAAGAACACUCUGGAGAUGGUUCAGUAUGGCGUGGAGGGAAGCAGUACGUUCCUAGAGUGUCAGGCCCGGUCUCCGCAUGCCCUCAUCAAAUGGCAUCUGCAGAGAGACAACAGCGACCGCAGGAAAGAGUUGCGAUCCGACGGUCGGAUUCUGAAGACGGACCAGGGCCUCCUGCUCCGGUCUCUGCAGCCGUCCGACUCCGGCCUGUACCAAUGCUCGGCCACGGAGAAGAACUUCAAGCACACGCUGGUCAAACUGCAGCUGGUUGUCCUGUCCAGUCGUGCCGUCAACAACGUCCUGGUGGAGGGCGGCGGCGGCGGGGGUCUGGUACCAUCCUCCCUCCACUCCAGCACCCAGUGGACCCCCAGCGCCGGCCAGUACAAGGAUCUGCUGACAAUCCUGAGCCAGCCCGAGAUGACCCUCAUCAACCAGUACUGUCAGGACUACUGGCAGUUCGGAGACCCCCUGCUGGGCGCCCUCAAGGCCAAAGACCUGAAGGAGCUGAAGGAGCAGAAGAAACCUCGCAACCGCCGGCAUCACGGGGACGACGGCGAGGAGAACGAGGAGCAGGAGGAGGCAGAGACAUGAGGAGGUCCGCGGGAGAGACUCGACUCAAUACGAGUAGCAACGUGAAAAAAAAAAAGUUCAACUCCACGAACCGGAAAAAAGCAAACUGAGAAAAAAAAAGAGGCUUACAAACAAAACAAAACAAAACCCCCACGUACAUCCUCUCAAACAGUAAGAUAUAUGAUACACAGUAUUUAUUGUAGGUUGUAUAUAGUAUCAUUCUGUGGAUUUCUUUGUACUUAUAGAAAAAACAUGCUCUUUGUGUAUAGGUACCUUUGGGGCAAAUAUUAUUGUUAUUAUUGUUGUUGUUUAUUUUAUUGUUGCUGUUACUGUCAUUACAAACCUUCUGUCAACAUCACGUGACCUGUUGGGAACGAGAGGAGUGGGCUUCGAUUAAGGGGGUGAUGGGAUCUCUGGUGUUCUCUGCUUGCUUCGACUCGACGCCAGGACUCUUUUUUUUUAUUACUUUUAUUUACGGACACUUCGGGAGCGACGCCCCGCCCUCAUCGGACCUGAACUGGGACACGGACUUUACAUUUGCAGAGGAGGGGGAGGGGCCAUCGGAUGGGAUUGGAUCGUGGUCCCAAAGUUUCCCCAGAAGGGAACCUGAACGUACACAUGACUGUUAAAAUUAUCCAACUGGGCCCUCAUGUCGGAAACCGGUCUUGCCCUAUAUAUUUUUUUUUUCCUUCCAGAUUGGAGUUUUUGAUUGUUUUUGCUUCUUCUAAAAAGUGAUUGUGCAGUAGAAGUAAGCGAUAAAGUCAAACCGUUUUAUUUCCGAAAUGCAAAAAUCCUUCGAGGUGCAAUAGACGGUGGAGGUUUUGCACAAAAGGGCAUUAUUCUUUUAUUUUUAAGGGACAAUGGCUGGGGCCGAAUGCAACGAGCACACACUCGGGCCAAGUAAAGGCUCUAUAGACUUGAUGUGGCGCCCGGAUCAGGCAGCGGCGUUUGCUCUGAGCACAAGACGUCUAGUUUUGUUCUUCCUUCCUUGGUGCGUUUCAAUCCUAUGACAUUCACGUGUGGAAAAAAUAAUUGCCCGUAUACACAACAGAGCAUCGUAACAAUGUUGUGACACUAACCAAACUAUUGGGAAGCUGGCUUUCAUUGUGUGCAUGAACCUGUAUUUGUACUGUAAUUCUGAUAAGAUACUGUGUGGUCAUUUUUUUUAUUUGUUUUAUUUCCUUUUGGUUUUCUUCUUUUUCUUCAUCUCGAGGGAUGUACAGUCUGAGGGAGGAAACGCUUUAAACACCCAACAUACCUCUGUAUGAAGAAAGAUGUGUCUUUUCAUCGGAGGUCGACAUGUACCUCUCUGUAGAAAGACAAGUUAUCGUCUGCUACAUUCACAUCGCAGAUAAAAGGUCCCAUACGUGUAUGUCGCAGCCAUACGAUUUCCGUUUUGAUAUUAAGAAAUGGAAAACAGAAGAUGACUCGAAUUUUGUUUUUCGGAUUAAAAUUGGUGAAUAGAAAAUUAGUUGUAUUUCAUUUUAAAAUCAUGAGCGAAAAACAGGAAACGGCUCGAAUUUUGUUUCUCGGUUUAAAAUCGGUGAACAGAAAACAACUCGUAUUUUGUUUUAAAAUCACGAGCGAAAAUCGGAAAACAACUCGAAGAUUGUUUUUCGGUUUAAAAUCGGUAAAUUGAAAACGACUCGUAUUUUGUUUUAAAAUCAUGAGCGAAAAUCAGAAAACGACUCGAAUUUUGUUUUUCUGUUUAAAAUCGGUGAGCGGAAAACGACUCAUAUUUCAUUUUAAAAUCAUGAGCGAAAAACAGAAAACGACUUGAAUUUUGUUUUUUGGUUUAAAAUCGGUGAAUGGAAAACAACUUGUAUUUUGUUUUAAAAUCAUGAUUGAAAAACGGAAAACGACUUGAAUUUUGUUUUUCACUUUAAAAUCAGUGAAUGGAAAAACGACUCGUAUUUCGUUUUAAAAUUGGUGAAAGAAAAGCAGAUAACAACUCAUAUGUCCUUUUUCGGUUUAAAAUUAGUGAAAGGAAAACGAGUCGUAUUUCGUUUUAAAAUUGGUGUAUGAAAAAUGGAAAAGGACUUGUAUCUGUUGUCAGAAAAUUGAAGCAACAAAAAAUGAGAAACAGCUCUUAAACUGACCUCAGGUGCUGUGGAAACUGGAAAAUUGGGAUUGAUAAAAAUGUUGUUCCCGUUCCAUUCCCAUUUUGCCAUAGGUAGGUCUUUCUUAAUGACCUGGAAGACAUUGUUUUCCCGAGUUUUCCCACGAGACCCAUGAAACUAAAGAAGACGUUUGUUGUUCAGAUUUAUUUGCUGCAAGAAGAUGUCUUCAGAUCAGGAUCCAGAUUUUACGAACCCUCUGGAGUCGGAGUGUAAUUUGGUCAUUUUGGAAUACUUUGUGUGUCCAGUGCGCUCCACAUUCAAAUAGCACAUAAUUUUUCGGACAUUUUCCACAGGAGCUGAAGUUACAGAGCCGUUUCCCGUUUUUUUUGUUCGUUUGUUUUGUUUUGUUUUUUUAUGAUGAACAACAGGAUACAAGUCCUUUUCCGUUUUUUGUUGACCGAUUUUAAAACGAACUUCAAGUCAUUUUUGUUUUUUUCAUUUUGUAAUUUCAAAACGGAAAUCGGAUGGCUGCGACAUACACACACCGCAAAAGUCGCCCAAAUCCGACUUUUUUUGCCCAUAAGUGACUCAUAUCUGACUUCGUUAUGACAGUAUGAACAUCACAAAUCAGAUCCAGGAUACUUUCAUAUGUGUCCUAAAUUAGAUCUUCAGUCUGAUCGGUUGCAUUUUAUCCGACUUUUGCGACAUUGAAAUCCGACAAACGUCACAGUUCUGCAGAAUCCGGACAGAUCCAUAUUUACUUCCAUAAACACAGACUGUUCACACAAGUCUGAUGACAUUGCAUUUACAUUAUAAUGUGAACAACAGCAACAACAAAAAAAUCGGACAUGAGUAUUAACACCUGCAGUGUGAUCGUAGCGUCAGUUUAGAUGGAAAACAAACUUAAACCACAGCAGUUAAACUUUAUUUCUUUUAUUCAUUGAACGUGGAAAUGACAAACAAAGCAUUUUAAUUAAGACACUGUAAACACCUGGUUCAGCUCUGAUUCUUUGCUUCUGGGAAGAUGCAUCCAUCAUUCAUACAGGGGUAUCUGUAUCUGCUGCCCCUUUUCCACCAACAUUACCAGGAACUUUUAAUACCAGGGAUUUAUGGACCUGGCUCAUAAUGUAUGGGGGAGUAGUUAAAAAAAAAAAAAAAUCUGCAUUACACCUCCAGUCCAGUAGGUGGCGACCAACAAACCCACAUCGCUAAUAAAACCAUACAAACUGCACAGAAAUGGUGCAGAUGCACAGUGGAAAAAACUUACCCCUUUACUGCGAACUUUUUAACUUUCUAGUUAAAUGCAAAUAUUAAGAAAGUAUUUUAAUCAAGGUCGAAACACAUUGGUAUUAACACACUAUAAACACCUGGUUCAGCUCUGAUUUUUCACCUCUGGGAAGAUACAUCCAUCAUUCAUACAGGGGUACCUAUGUAUCUGCAGCCCCUUUUCCACCAAUAUUACCAGGAACUUUUAAUACCAGGGAUUUAUGGACCUCGAUAAAUGAAUACCUGGUAUUCUGUGAAGUUUCCACCUCAAAGUUUUGGAAAAUGUAUUCGGAUCAACCUGAUGAUGCUUGGGGGAGUGGUAAAAGGAACUGCACUACAUCUCCAGUCCAGUAGGUGGAGCUAAGAAGCAAGGUUUUUAUUGUUAAGGAAAACGAACGAAAUGACGAAAACUAGAAUUGAUAAAACAUUUUCGUUAUCUGAAAUAAAUAAAAACUGCAAUUAAAAGAAAAAAACGAUAACUAACUGAAACUGUAUUGUGAUCUUACAAAAUUAAUAAAACGUCUUUGCCAAUGAUGGAUUGAUAUGAAAUUGAUUUAUUUCGCUAGAGCAAUUUUAGCUAGCGGCACCAUAGAGCAGCAGCAGCAGCAGAGUCCUGUAUGGGAUUUCUGUGAAUACGACGACGAGGAAAAUAAAAGAUAGGGAAAAACCAAAACUAAUGCUAAAACUUAGCAUUUAGAAAAUAAAUACCCCGAAAACUAGUAAAAAUUAGCAAACCUGCUCUAAAAACUAAUUAAAACUAACUAAAUUAGAGAAAAGAAAGUCAAAACUAACUAUAGCGAAAAAUCCAAAACUAUUAUAACCUUGCUAAGAAGAAGCACAAUGGCAAAUAAAACUAUGUAAACCCUAAACUGCAAUGAAAAGAUGCUGUGAACUUUUUUUCAGGGAAAGUUUGCAGUUAAAACUUCGGACAGCAGAGUGUUAGAGUAACCAUAGAAAUGACCGUCUACACCUUAUGUUUUUUGCGUAGUAUCAAAUAGUUAUAUAUGAACCUAAAUUCAACAGUUCAACCAACAUUACUGCUGUUUGCAGUUAAAACUUCGGACAGCAGAGUGUUAGAGUAACCAUAGAAAUGACCGUCUACACCUUAUGUUUAUUGCGUAGUAUCAAAUAGUUAUAUAUGAACCUAAAUUCAACAGUUCAACCAACAUUACUGCUGUUUCUUCCUCUUUUUUUUACCCGGUAAUGUCAUUGGAAACGAGGUUUUUUCAAAAUUCCAGGUAAAUAAUUCAAAUUCCUGCGGUGGAAAAGGGGCUCAUGUAUCUGCUCUGGGAUCUGGGAUGCAUUGGAAUUCCCAGGAUCCCAAACAAACCGUGAAAAAAAAUGCAAGGAAAGGUUGUACAAUUUGUUGGAAUUUUAAAAAUGUGUCUUUAGUUUUUGAGUGUUUAUUUUUAAUUUUUCUGUUUUUUUUUAUUUUCUUUGCAUCAUCAGACUUUAUGAAAAAAGAAAAAAAGUAAAUGCACAGAGGUGAUGUUAAUGUAAUGACUUGUGUAAAUUACACUUCUAUCUUCCCUUUCCAUUGUUGUUGCUGACUAAUAAAUUAAAGCUCUAUAUUUUAUAAGAAUGGAAUGCUCCCCCCCUUCAUUGUGAUUGGCUUGAUACUGAAUGUUUUUCAUGUUCUACCCAGAAAACCCUCUGGAUCCUUGGAAUAAAGUUGUACCUGUUAAAGAGA